AUGGUUUUAUUAGGACAAAGUUAUGUGGCUUUAUCCAGAGGGAUCUCAUUGGAAGGAUUACAGAUGUUAAGAUUUGAACCUCAUAAAGUCAUGGCACAUCCAGAAUUUAUCAAAUGGAGUAAGAGCCUGUUGGCCAUCCAUUGGGACCAUCUUUUGUUUUACAUUUUGUUUGUCUGA